UCUCGCAAUUUUGUAAUCACAGUUCCAGCAUCAAAAUCGAGGCAGCUGGCAUCCCUAUAUAACGGUGCCGGCAUUUUUUUCCCCUUUUCCUAUCAUUCUGUUGCCGUUUCGCUGCUUCGGCUUCGUUUCGUAUAAAAAAAAUUGAAAACAACAAGCAGGUGGAUAAGUAGUAUAACAUUUCUGGAAGACGACUUGGAUUUCGCGACGGAAUUCUAUCUGCGCGCAGAAGCAGUGCGUUGCAUCGAAGAUAUGCUGGUCUCCAUAUGGCCAGGAGCCAGUGUCGAAGUGUUUGGCUCCUUUCGCACCGGGCUGAAUUUGCCGCUUUCGGACAUUGAUCUGGUCGUCAAGAACCGUAGGAGCUACUGGUACAAUCCUCCACUGUACGAGCUGGAGAGUGAGCUUGUGGCACGCGGCGUCGCGGAUCCGCAAACAGUCAACGUGGUGAAGACAGCUGCAGUCCCCGUGGUCAAGUUCACGGAGCGCGUGUCGCAAAUCAAAUUCGAUAUUAGCUUCAAUGUGGGAUCCGGCGUGAAGGCAGCCGAGCUGAUCAAGGACUUAAUUCACGAGUUUCCCGAUUUGCCAAAGCUAGUUAUGGUCCUGAAGCAGUUCCUGGCUAUGCAUGGAUUGAACGAUGUCUAUCGCUCGGGAGGCAUUUCAUCCUACGGCAUUACCCUCAUGUGCAUCGGCUUUCUCCAGCACCAAUCGCAGAGCAACCAAAAGUACAGCAAUAACAACAGGCUGGGGAUACUGCUGCUCAAGUUCCUGGAGUACUAUGGCUGCAAAUUUGACUUCAACAAGUACGCGAUUUCGGUAACCGGCAAGGGAGGCUGUGAGACGAAGGAACAACUGAAAUCUACCAUGGGCAACUAUAACUGGCAGUCAUUUUUAAGCAUUCAGGACCCGAUCACACCGUCAAACGACAUUGGACGCAGCUCGUACGCAGCCUUGAGUGUAAUGAAAUUGUUCGAAGCUGCUUUCCAGAAGCUAUCCCGCCUGGUGGACCUUGACCCGACAAAGAUAACUGGGCCCAUCCUGGAUAGCAUAGUGGAAGUCCCCCAGCAGGUGAUCAAUUACCGUGAUUGGGUACACUACAAUUUCCGGCAUCUGGUUAGACCCGGCAGCUCUUCUGGUCCCCCGCCGCCGUCUCCAGGAAAAAUGCUGAAGCGGCGACGCAGCUCACAGUAUAAUGAUUCGAAGCCUUGUACUACGUCCACAUCGGAGGGCGAAUCGACUGACGGCAAUGCGAAUGCUCCAAAUAUGUUAGAAUGUUAAAAAAUUUUAUUUAUGUAUGUUCCUUUUAUUGCACCCGUUAUGAACUCUAAGUUGGUUUACUUUGUAAGCUAAUUUCCAGUUUGAUUUUAAAUCUAGUUUAUAUAAUUCGUAUCUCAAUUUUAUUUGUGUAUUA